AUGGACUCUAUAGUUGCAGCUCAGCUCACAGGCUCCAGAGUGUACCAGUUUAGUUGCUCUGCGGCAUGUGGUCCCCAACCAGGGAUCCAAACCCCAUCUCCUGCAACCACCGGGCACCCAGGGAAGUCCCAGGCAAAGCCUCUGGUCACACUUGACCCCUCCUGCUGCCAGGGCACCGCAGGGCUGGGUGCUCAGGAGGGGUCUGAGCAGGACAAGAGGGUCUCACUGGGCAGAAGGGCAGGGAGGCAGUGGGCAGUGCCACCUCCACAGUCACAACCCGUGGACAUUCAAGAAAUGAUUGGGUCUUCAGCCCCCAGCACGUGCAUUUGA